GCCGCGCAGUACCCUUCCCGGAGCGAGUCCUUGUCGCUGAGCUUUCCAGAACAGCAGCUGCAGCAGCAAUGGCCCCACCCUGGGUGCCCGCUGUGGGCUUCACGCUGGUGCCCAGCCUGGGGGGCUUCCUGAGCUCGCGCAAUGUCCUCGGAAAGGGCCUCCACUGGUACGCCGGCCUGCAGAAGCCCUCGUGGCACCCGCCGCACUGGACACUGGCCCCCAUCUGGGGCACACUCUACUCGGCCAUGGGGUAUGGCUCCUACAUGAUCUGGAAAGAGCUGGGGGGCUUCUCGGAGGAGGCUGUGGUUCCCCUGGGCCUCUACGCUGGGCAGCUGGCUCUGAACUGGGCAUGGCCUCCCCUCUUCUUUGGCGCCCGACAAAUGGGUUGGGCCCUGGUGGACCUCGUGCUGACGGGUGGAGUGGCAGCAGCCACGGCGGUGGCCUGGUAUCAGGUGAGCCCUCUGGCCGCCCGCCUGCUGUACCCCUACCUGGCCUGGCUGGCCUUCGCGGCCACGCUCAACUACUGCGUGUGGCGGGACAACCAGGGCCGCCGUGGUGGCCGCCGGCCCUCGGAGUGAGAGUGCCCCGGCCUCCAAGGACCGCAGCCGCUGCAUGUCCAGUGUUGCCGGUGACGGUGGCCCCUGGGCUGCCUGUCUGUCUGGUCUCAGCCCAGGGGGUCACCAGCCGAUUCAGAGGUGCUCCAGGCUGAGCCCCUGCCCCAGAAACAGCGUCCUGCGCUUUCUGCACUGCUCGCUCUCAGAAUGUGGAAAUUUAUAAGCCAAAUAAAGUUUUUAACCUC